AUGUCUCAAACUUCGAAUCGAAUAUUCGCUUGCAUCAAAUAUUCAAAACGCCGAAUUCAACCGAUAUAUUUGUUCAAAAGGGAAAAGGGUCUAACGAUUCGCGUGGUUGAGAAUCAGGAUAUUCUUAGUCUCCCACGGCUCUAUAUUUUCCACGCUCGAUGGCUCACUUUUGAUGAUCUACUGAAUAUGAAAUGUGAGACGGCAUUUUUAAGAUACCAUUCAUUCACAGAGGAAGACGUCAAAAAGUUCAUAAACCAUUGGAUGGCUGGGAGUAAUCCAAAACUGAUGCAUCUCAGACUGAACUGUUUUAAAUUGGAGCCGAAUUGGGAGCACAUUCUGGAAGGGAUUGAAUAUGGAGUAUGGGAGGAGAAAGAAAAGAAGAAGAGACCGAGGAAUUUCAAAGACCAUUACAUCUACAGAGUGGAAGAAAUCGACUGUAAGAACGGUCUGGAUUUCGAGAGAAAGAGUGAUGGAAUGAUUGGGACAGUCAUGCAUCAAUCUGACCAGAUCGAUUUCCUCGUGUGGCACGAUAUACAAUUCUGA